AUGAGCCUCAUCCCUGAUCUGAUGAGCCUCUCCCUGUCACCCCCCUUCCCUGCCCCACCCACACCCCUUCCCUCUCAGUCCACGCGGCACACGGUGGCAACGCUGCAAAGGCAGGUGUUCCAGCAGUGUGCAGCAGCCCUCGAACCCCAGAUACAGGAGCAUCUGCUGUGGGCUCAUGAGAAUGCCGAGGCUGAUGCCCCUCUCCCUGCACGCUCAUUCCUCCCUUCCACACGGCACACGGUGGCCACGUUGCAGAGGCAGGUGUUUCAGCAGCGAGCAGCCGCCCUGGACCCCCAGAUACAGGAGGCUCUGCUGUGGGCCGACAAGGCUCAAGAAAGCCACGAGGGUCAUGAAGCGCCUGUUGCUGCUGCAGCCGCUACAGACAGCGCUGCUGCCUCUGAUGGUUUGUCUGCAGGGGAUGCAUUAACAGCCCCUGGUAGAACGGACGGUGCUGAUGAUUCAACCGUGUCUGGUGGAAACGGUGCUGCUCGCCCUGCUCCCGUACCUGUGGGGCGCAGGCUCGUGGUAACUGCGCAGUUCCCGGACCUGGCGUCCGGGGCUGUGCGGUCGGUUCGGGGGCUGCUGGUUGGGCAACUGGAGGCGCUUCCCCCUUUCCUGCAGGAGGAGGGGGAGGACUGGGCGGAGGAGGGGGAGAGUGGGGAGGAGGGGGGCAGUGAUAUUGGGAGAGAGCUAAUCAGAGCGCAGUACGACCCCACCGACCAAUCAGAGCUCGCCAUGUCAGCAGCGGACGGGCGGCAGCUCGUCGGCAGGUACCUCUGGCCGGAUGGCCGGCAGGAAGAGGCGGAUGAGACGGCUGGGUGGCAGCGGGCGGCAAAGCUGAAACUCUUCCUGCCGCCCGUGCCGGAGAUGCUACAGGGAUGGCUCAGUGACAGGCGGCGGCAGCAGCAGGUGACGGAGAUGGGGAGGUGCGAGUAUGAGGAGGGGAAGGUGGGCAGGCGGGUGGAGGCGCUGAGGAGGCGGAUUGCAGGCAUGCAGCCGGCCGGGUGGCAGGAGUUUGUUCAGGUGGUUCAGGUGCUGGCUCAGGCUGAGGCGCUGGACCCGGAGAGCAGCACGCUCAUGCCUCUUGGGGAGAUUGCUGCCAAGGUGCGAGGGGUGAACGAGUUGUGGAUAGCAGUGGCGCUCUCCCAUCCUUCCCUCCCGCGCCUCUCUCCCCCAGCCAUUGCGGGGUGCUGCGCUGCUCUGGUGUCUGAAGGCAUGCGCAUGCGCACAGGCGACGGCAGUUCGCCCUCCUUCCCCUAUGAGCCCUCCUGGGAGGUGCAGGAGUGGGUGUACGAGGCAGAGGAGCGCCGCGAUUGGCUGAUGCAGCUCCAGCUGGCUGCCAACGUGGCAAUCCCUGCUGACCUGGACGCGCAGUUCGCUGGAGUGGUGGAGGCGUGGGCGCAGGGUGUGACGUGGCGCCAGCUCAUCGCUGACUGUGCGGGGCUGGACGAGGGGGACAUUGCACGGCUGCUAAGGCGCACCAUUGACUUGCUCUCUCAGAUCCCAUACCUGCCCGGCAUUGACCCCUCAUUGGCCAAGGCAGCAAAGCAGUCCGCUUAUGUCAUGGAACGACCGCCCAUCUCCGAGCUCAUUGGCUGA